AUGACAUCAGUGUUUAACACCAAUGCUUCACUGCCGUACAACCAUGACUUAUUUGAAAGCCUUAUUGUAAAGAAAAGAAUAAAGGUGGAUGAGGGACUUGGUGCUAGCUUAAGACCAUCAUUCCGAGUCCUAAGUGCUGGGCCUACAAGGAGAGAGUUAUUAAUGGGGUGGGGAGAGGGGGAAGAAAAAGUAUGUGAAGGAGAAAGAAGAGAGGCGUCAGCAGUAGCCUGUUUUCGCUUACCCGCCCUGCGUUAUGCAGCAAGUAAGGUGACCCGGCUGAUGUCACCACGCGACGGCCGAUGUGGCAUGAGUUUAUUUGUAAAUGCAGCAAAUAUCUACCUACCUAGUUUAAAGAAUGCAUGCAACUCCAGCCUGUUAGCCAGGUUUUUUAAGUGCUCAAACGUUAAAGAAUCCAAUGAAAUGGAGAAACAAAUUAUUGAAGUUGAGGCGGCUGCUGUGCGCAACCGGCCACUUCUUCAGGUAUCUGACACACAUGCCUUAGAUAAGUGGCGAUUAAAUGGUGUGGGAGAGGAAUUAAUAGAGAAUAGUGAAGAUAGUGGUUGUGCGCUCGCCGGCAGCCGCUAUCCGCUGCUCCACUUCGCUCGAGAAUUGUACGCAACUUGCUUGGGUCGGUUGGCAAGCCACAGACGGGAUCCAUUUGAUAUGCUUGCGAAGCACCUGACCCAAAAGCUUGCACGCGGCGCAUGCCAUGUAGAAAAACAUUGCAGCGACUCACCAUUCAUCAACAUUAUUGACAGCACAACACUGUUCAGCAAUGAUACCUCGCCGAUGUACAACCAAGAUUUAUUUGGAAACCUUAUUAUGAGAGGUGCCUACAUCUCCAGAUACUCUGGAUAG